UUUGUCCCUCCUCCUGUAGUGGUUGGAGGAGCGCUCUCCAUCUAACCGCGCAUCCUGCUCCAGAGUACCACCAGGAUGAUCCGCCGCUGCGCCAACGCCGACAACCUUCACUUCACUUUCAUUCUCAUUUAACCCCCACUCUGACCCCCCACCGGCCCCUACGCUACACCCAUGCUUUGCCCUCCUCUUGAGAUGCGACACCGCUGCACGAUUUCCCGGAGAAUACCUUCAUCCUCAGUCGCUCCUCGCUGAUAGAGAGCAUGCCCGACACGGGGACGGCAGCGGCGGGCGCUGCUGCAGCCGGGGCGGCCGCCGGUGGCGCGACCACCUCCGGGGACGGCCCCGAGAGCUCCCGGCACCGACACCGAGCGCCGCAAGGAGACGCAGAGAGGCCGGAUCCGGGCUCGGCUCCGCCACAGACCUCCUCCGGCGUGCUGGAUAAGUUGUUCGGGAAGCGGCUGCUGCAGGCUGGAAGACACAUCAUGUCUCAUAAGUCUUGGAUGAAAACGGUGCCCACAGAGAACUGCGACGUCCUCAUGACAUUUGCAGAUACUACAGAUGACCACACGCUACUAUGGCUGCUGAACCACAUCCGACUGGGAAUCCCAGAGCUCAUCAUCCAGAUCCGACAUCAUAAACACACGCGAGUCUACGCAUUCUUCAUCACCGCCACGUAUGAAAAUUUGCUGCGAGGCGCCGAGGAAAUGGGACUGAGGAAAGCAGUGAAGCCCGAGUUUGGUGGAGGAACACGAAGCUUCUCCUGCGAGGAGGACUACAUCUACGAGAACAUCGAGAGCGAGCUGUGCUUCUUCACCUCGCAGGAGAGGCAGAGCAUCAUUAAAUACUGGCUGGACAAUCUACGUGCCAAACAAGGGGAGGUGCUUCAUAAUAUCAGCUUCCUGGAAGGCCAGCCAAUCAUCCCGGAGCUGAGUGCGAGAGGUGUGAUCCAGCAGGUGUUCCCUCUCCAUGAGCAGAGGAUCCUCAGCCAGCUGAUGAAGUCUUGGGUCCAGGCUGUUUGUGAGAAGCAGCCGUUAGAUGAUAUCUGUGACUACUUCGGGGUGAAGAUUGCCAUGUAUUUUGCCUGGCUGGGCUUCUACACCACCUCCAUGUUAUAUCCUGCCGUGAUCGGCUUUGUGCUUUGGAUGCUCACCGAGUCCGAUCAGACGAGCCGGGACAUCUGCUGCGUGGUGUUUGCCCUCUUCAAUGUGGUGUGGGCCACUCUGUUUCUGGAGCGGUGGAAGCGGAGGGGGGCGGAGCUGGCGUAUAAGUGGGGAACGCUGGACGCGCCUGCAGAGUCCCUGGAGGAACCACGGCCUCAGUUCCGGGGAAUCAAGCGCUGCAGUCCUAUAACGGGAUGCGAGGAGUUCUACUAUCCUCCGUGGCGGAGGCGUCUAUUCAGGUGGCUGGUCAGCCUGCCCAUCUGUAUCCUCUGUCUCUGUUUUGUCUUCCUGGUCAUGCUCAUCUGCUUUGAGCUGCAGGAGUUUGUGAUGGGGAUCAAGGAAAUGCCUCGGCUGGCUCGCUUCAUCCCCAAAAUCAUGCUCGCUAUCACUGUGACUGCAUGUGAUGAGGUGUACAGGAAAAUCGCCUGCUGGCUCAAUGACAUGGAAAACUAUAGACUCCAGAGUGCCUAUGAGAAAAAUCUCAUCAUCAAAAUGGUUCUUUUUCAGUUUGUAAAUUCCUAUCUCAGCCUUUUUUACAUCGGAUUCUACCUCAAAGACAUGGAGCGCCUGAAAGAGAUGCUGCUGGUGUUGUCUCUGAUCAGGAGUCUGCAGCGGCAGGUCCGGGUCAAUGUGCUGCCUCACGUCUCCCUGAAGAUCAAGAUGCUGGUGGUCUCUGUUCCCUGGUUCUUCAGGGCUUUACUCGGGAACAAAAUGCUGGCCACUCUACUCAUCAUACGCCAGUUCCUUCAAAACGUUAAGGAGGUGCUGCAGCCUUACCUGUAUGAGCGUCAUAAGCUGGGAGAGCUUACGCUGCGAGCCGUGUGGGACCUGCUGCUCUCAGUGCUGCUGAAAUACGCCCGGCUGGCAGCUGGAAGAGCCAUGGCAUCUCCCACUGACCAGACCAUGCCAGGACCCGGACUGAGGGGCACCAGGCCUGGAGUGGGGCAGCCAGAAAGAAGGGAAAAGAAGUGUCUGAACGGAGGAUGUGGAGUGCCUGAUGAGGAGGAGGGAGGUGAGAAGGACGAGGCUGACAGCGGGAGGUUCAGCGAAGGAGAGACGGAGGAGGAAAGUUUGAUCGACUGCGGCUUGAAGCUGAGGAAAGUGAGCUUCAUAGAGAAGGUGGACAGAAAGGCGGCGUGCAGUGGGCCCCCCGUGGACAGCAGCUUUCUGGAGGAGGGAAGCCCCACGAUGGUGGAAAAGGGAAUGGACCCGGCCUCGGUGUUUGAAAUGUGCGACGACGACGACGACAACGGAAUUCAUGAUGUGAAGGACUCGAGCGGAGGCGGGGCUGAGGCUGCUAAUGCUGCCGCUGGUGCCGCCGCCGCCGCCCCGCUGCCUUCUGGAUCUGAGGGCAGCACAUCGCUGCGUCACAGAAGAAGAGGCCGGAGCGCCGAGAGGGUCGAGCCGAAAACGAAAAGGGAAUCGUGGAUGGAUCCCCCAGAGGAGAGAGAGAGCACCACGCUCACCCAGGCGGAGAUGGAGAGCUGCAUGCAGACGUACUCAGACACUUUCCAAGACUACCAGGAGAUGUUUGUCCAGUUUGGCUACGUGGUGCUCUUCUCCUCCGCCUUUCCUCUGGCUGCCAUGUGCGCUCUCAUCAACAACAUCAUAGAGAUCCGCAGUGAUGCCUUUAAGCUCUGCACCGGCCUGCAGAGACCUUUUGGAGUCCGUGUGGAGAGCAUCGGCCAGUGGCAGACUGCGAUGGAAGCCAUGGGCCUGAUUGCCAUCAUAGUGAACUGCUACCUGAUUGGUCAGUGUGGUCAGCUACAGCGUCUUUUUCCAUGGCUCAGCCCUGAGAUGGCCAUCAUCUCCAUCGUCAUCCUUGAGCACUUUGCCAUCCUGCUGAAAUACAUCAUCCAUGUGGCUAUUCCCGACAUUCCUACGUGGGUCAAAGAGGAGAUGGCUAAACUGGAUUACCAGCGCAGGGAGGCCUUUAAGAAGCACGAGCGGCAGGCGCAGCAGCAUUACCAGCAGCUGCAGAGGAGGAAGAGGGAGGAGGAGGAGAGGCAAAGGCAGGCAGAGCACAUGGCUCGCAGGGAGAGGGAGCGGGACGACAGCAAAGGCGACCCUUCGGGGGAUCACCACCACGACAAAGGUCACGGCAGCAAAUCACGUUCUGGGGGUGGAGGCGGAGGAGGGAGCGGUGGGUCGGACAAGCCCAAGAGGCCCAGCUCCCUGUUGGCCAAUAAUAACGUGAUGAAGCUGAAGCAGAUCAUCCCGCUGCAGAGCAAGUUCUCCUCGGGUGGCGCCCGCUCCCCUCAGUCACCCACGGGCAGCGAGCCAAAACUGCCCGGCUUCUUGAGCUUCAAAUUCCUCAAGUCGCCUGAGAAUAAGAGGGAAGGUGCUGCGGCUUCUGCGGCCACCGGCGCCACAUCCGCCGGCGCCACGGCGACAGCGGCGCCGUCAUCAUCGUCAUUAUCAGGUAGCAGCUCUCAGGAGCGUUCUCAGUCACCCAAUAAAGCCUUCAACCCCGGGAAGUUGUUUAACUUUGGGAAAUCCGAGGGAGGGACUUGCACGAACGGGGCUCCGCUGCCCCGGUCAGGAGAGGGGUCAUCAUCGCAGACGUCGGAAAGACAGCCUUCCCGGUCUGACUUGAAUGGCGUUCCAGACGAGAUCCCCUCACCCGGAGGGGAAGGCGCAGAGAACGGACAUUCGUCAGACUUGGACGCGGCUGGUUUUAAAAUCUAGAAAACAACAACAACAAAAAGCCCAACUUGUCUUUGGUUCCAUCUCACCUGAACAGGUGACGUGUUUACUGUGAGGAAGGCCUGACCUGCCCUCUGUGCUGUCACAGGCCGGUGUACUCGGAGCUGAAGCUGAUGAGACGAGACUGUUGUUCCGGUUUGGCUUUUUUGCUGCGAGACAAAAAUAAAUUUAAAAAAAGAAAGAAACAAAAAAACAGGCUUUGUAAGAAAGACGAAAGCCCAUGACCGAACACACACACACACACACACACACACACACAAAUAUACAAAUUCUUCCUUGUCUGCAAUACAUAAAGAAAUGCAUGAGCUGCGUUUCUAAUAUUUUUAAGCCUUUAAAGCAGAGCUGUGUUUCCUGAUUUCUUCUUGUCAGAAAUUGUAAACAUCUCGUUGGCUUCACACCAACACGUGACAGUCUGUCGUGGAGGGGAGGAGUCUAAGGAGAAAACGCUUACAUGGCGGUAUGAACGGAUCAGAGAUUGUACAUCAAAUAAUUACUGAGAGUGUUUUUUUAGCUGUCACCACACAACGAUCGUUAGAAAUUGGUCUCAUUUUUAAACUGCGAGGAGUUGUUGGGCCCUUCGCUUUCGUACUGAAGCUGAAGAGUGGAAAAGCAAUAUGAGUCAGUGUUUUUGUUUUUUUAUUAAGUGUCAAUCAUCGCAUAAGCCCCUCCUUAACAGUCGCCCCUGAUGUAUCACCAGCUUUAUUUUCAAAGCAGAGGUGAGGUCUGAGCUUUGCAGAACCCGGUUUGCUCGAAUAGAAAGCGGCGAGCUCAGUAAGUCGUAAAAAUCACAGUAUUUUGGAAGAGCGAGUGAUUUUUGAGGAAAAGGAGCAGAGAUGCCCGUCGCAUGCUGUUCUCCAUCCGAGCCCGUAGAGCGCCUUGUAAACACAGAUGGUGCCUCAUUCCACAAACUCCAGCUAGACUUGGCAAACGAGCACAGAGUUAAAGAAGUAACAUUUGCACUAAAGCCUGACGCCCUGCAUAGAAACCACCUCGGCACAGAGGGCCCACACCAGCCUGCCUCAUCAUUAUGCAAAAAACUGCAUUUCUUUUCAUUUCCCCCUUUCACAUGGUGCAUGCUGUCGGCAACAACGAGCUUUCAAAAUAUUCAUGUUUUCUUUUCUUCUUGAACAGCUGUUUUUAUUUGCAGAUGAUGGAAAUUCCCCCUUUUUUAACCAGUGCAGAACUUUUCAGAAUAAAUGUUAACCCAAGACGUACAGUACUCUAUAAAAGUUUUAGGCACUAAAACACGUGAUGUCAGUUUACCUGACAGGAGUUCAGUAAAUAGAAAAACCCUACAUCAGCAAGAACAUGAUUUAAUUACUUUUCCACAGUAGACUUGCCUGCAGCUGCAGUUCUUCAUGUCGCUCAGUCAUUAUGGAGAUCUUACCCAGAAUCCUUCUCUGGAGUCGGGCUGCGUCUCUCCCUUCAUGCAUUUACUGACUUACUUGAUGACAUCACCAUCAAGGUUCUGCAGGGACCAAUGCAUGUGUUGCAGGACUCCCUUUUCUCAUUGAAGAUACAUUUUGAGGUCAUCAUCAUUUUUCAAAAAGCAGGAUGACAUCAUGUGAUUUACAAAAACAUACAAACAUCUCAGAGUGCCUAAAACUUUUUCACAGUACUGUACUUUGCAUAUUGUUUGCAUGAUCCAUGUGAGCCCAGCACAUCUACCCUUAGCUGGUAUUUCACUUCUGCGGGGUCUCCAGAAGGUGGCGCCAGUUUAUCCACAUAAAAUGAUGACGUUAAGAAGCUGGUUAUUUAGUCACCAGUCUACACCACAGGCAGCAAAAUUAAAGCAGUCUGACAAGUUUGUGAUGAUGUGAGACACUGAGACAGGAUUCAGAGGCCGUCGCACUGUCGAGAUAUGGAAACAUUAACUAUGCAUUUCCACACUUUCACCUCCGGCGAGGAUUCGGGCAAUAAUACAGAGUUAAAGUUGACGUGUAGUAUUAAAGCUCUACACUCACCCCCCACCCAACCUCAAACCCCAGUUCCACAGCAUCAUCCUCACCCAGACUCUAUGCAUUUUUCCCCCUUUAUGUUUUAGUGUCAGCUCUCUCAGAUCGCCUGUUUCCUAUUUAAUGUAAAGAACCUACCCUGACCUAAAAUAACAGCCUCCAUCGGCUAAACAGGUUUUUGUAUUCUGUUGCAGCUUUAAUGUGUUAGUUUUAAAAGUCUGUCCAUUUUUCGCUCACAUGCCUGCAGAAGAGACGAAAAAUGUUCUUUCCGAGAGGCAAAAAGUUCUUACUGACAUUAAAUGCAAUACCGAAAUAGUCUGUGCAGUCAUGUUAUCAUUUUUAGGAAUAUCAUUUUGAGGCUAAGACAAACGUGACAUCAUCAGCGUCUGUGAUCAUGGGAGCAGCAGAGCGAGACGGUUAUGACGUAGCUGAGCACAGUGUCAUGAAACCCUUGUUAUUCUUGCAGCAUCAGGAUUUCAGGGAUAAAUGAUUCAUGGUGCAUAAGAGUCCAUUUAUCAUCAUUUGAAAAAGUCCCAUAGAGAAGCAGAACUUUGCGCUGAAUAGAUCUGCUGAUGCCGAGCGGAGGUCCGGUCACUUCCAUGUGUGCAUUCCCACCUUAUUCGGGUAAAGCUGAAGAGCAUCACAACAGAAAUCGGCUUGUUACUUUUUUCAUUUUGCAGCGAAACAUGUUCUGCAACAGAGAUCUGUAACGUUUGGAGGAACAGCAGCGUCACGGCGCAGGCAUCGCCUGCAUUAGGACCGAAGCUCGGACUCUUUAUCAGAACAGCUUCUUUGAAAGGUUCGGACAUCGUCUGCCUCAUUUGGAAUAAGCAGGAAAGGACUGAAUGGACGUAUUAAUGUUUCUGUGUUUCAGAGUGGAUGUGAACAGGUGAGACUCUCACCGCAGCUACAUUAAAGCCCGAGCCGAA